CGGACGUCUGUCAUCCGAUGCGAGACAUGGUGACGUACCAUAUUCAUCCGUGUUCAACACGAUCACGAUUCACUUAGUCCCACCAUCGGUGAUAUAAACUCACAUCCCAACCAACCACUCUGCAUGUCCAACUGGGUAAUCGCCCUUCACAGUCAGCAGUCAAAAACCUACCAAAAAUGCCACCCCCCACCGACCGCCACGAAAUCCUCCACCGCCUCCGCUCCCAAAUCAACGCCGGCAUCCCCAUCCUCGGCUCCGGAGCCGGCAUAGGUCUCUCCGCGAAAUUCGUCGAGUCUGCCGGCGGCGACCUAAUAAUAAUUUACAACAGCGGCCGCUUCCGCAUGGCCGGCCGCGGCUCCCUAGCCGGUCUCAUGCCCUACGGCAACGCCAACGACAUUAUGCUCGAGAUGGCAAAAGAAAUACUUCCCAUAGUCCAUCACACCCCCGUCCUAGCUGGCAUCUGCGCCUCAGACCCCUACCUCCCCUCCUACCUCCCCUCCUACCUCCGUCACCUCAAAUCCCUCGGCCUCUGCGGCAUCCAAAACUUUCCCACCGUGGGCCUCAUCGACGGUCAGUUCCGUGUUCACCUCGAACAAACCGGCAUGGGGUACGAUCUGGAAGUUAAUCUCAUCAAGGAGGCCCGGGCGUUGGAAAUGCUGACCACACCCUACGUCUUCAAUCCAGACGAAGCCAGACUCAUGGCCAAGGCUGGGGCGGAUAUUGUCGUGGCGCAUAUGGGGUUGACGACGGGGGGUUCGAUUGGUGCGCAGGAGGCCGAGGGGGGGAAUAGUAAGGCGUUAGGUGACUGUGUGCAACGGGUGCAGGCGAUUAGAGAUGCGGUGUAUGCGGUCAAUCCCGAGAUUAUCGUGCUUUGUCAUGGGGGUGCGAUUGCCAGCCCAGAGGAUGCGGGGUAUGUGCUGGAACGAACGAAGGGGGUGCAUGGGUUUUACGGGGCGAGUUCGAUUGAGAGGUUACCGGUUGAGAAGGCGAUUACUGAGGUGACGAGGGCGUUUAAGGGGCUAAAGAUGGGGGAGCGGAGAUGAGGGCUGGAUCUGGAAAGGGGGAGGGUGGUGAUGAUGCAUGUUGAGAUGUGAACAGAACUGGUGUGGCAUGGGUUUGAUGAUGAGAUUGGUCAAAGAGGAAACGAACAAGACGUUGCUGAAACGAUAU